UUGCUCCACAAAAAGUCGAUCCCUUAAUAAAUUUCCACGGAUCUCGAUCAAUAUUGGCAUGAAUAAAAAAAACAAAUAUAAACGAACAGAACGAAAAAAAAACCUACCGUAUACAAAGAGGGGAAAAGUUAAAUGGAGCAAGGUAAAAAAAAAACCCAUGGAGAUAAGGUGAAAAUGACUGAGGAAGAAUAGUAUAAAUUCCUUGAAAACAACCGUGAUCCGACGAUCGGGACGCAGUCGGCGACGUCCGCGCAUUGACUGACUGAGCAGGAAGCCGGGGCAGGAAGAGGGCAGGAACUGAAAGCUGUCCGCAAUGGGCCCAAAUUUGACGCCUACCGAUCCAGCGGCUGCUCAUCCAUCUUAUUCUCCAUUCCAAAAGAUAACCAUGUUGAUGUGAUGCCCUAUAUGUUAACAUCUGAAUAGACUAUGGAUUUUGAAUUCAUCAUGGCAUGUCUCUGAUUGACCUUCAUGUAGCAUGCAUACAUUUAUGUCGGUUUGCCAUCGGGACGAAUCUGUACCAAGGCACAACUGACAGAAACACAAUGGACUGCUGGUUUCUUCAUUACCCUUCAAAAAGUUGAUCUUUGCAAUGCCUUUUCGGAAAGUACAGGUGUCCCAGAAGCCAAGAGAUGCAGUGUCUCGUCGGAGUUCUCAUAGCCCCUUGAGACAAUCAGCGAUGGGGAACAGACAACUUACCCCAUCGGCUCCACCUGGAAGAGGCAAAAAUUCUUUGUUAAACAAACCUACAAAGAAAAAUGUUCUUCAUGUGAAUAGAGCAGUUGGUGAUGGAGGAUUUCAGAAGAAGUCCUCAUCUGGAGCCGUAACAACGGUGGGAACAACAGGUAUGAUUCCUUUUCAAAGAGCUUCCAGAAGAGAACCACACGUAGAACCGCAAGCCACGGAAGGGUCUAAGAAGUUGGUGUCAAAGAAAAAUGAUAUCUCUCAGAGGCAGUCUAUUGAGCAGCAAGACAGUGGAACCAGCAACCUAACUGACAGCAAAGAAAGGAGCUCAACAUCAGAUUCAAAAUCUCUCCAAUCAGGAGGGUCAAAUACUAGAAGUGUGAGGCCCAAACUGAAGCGACCAUCUGUUCCCAAAGAUCAGAUAAAAACUAGUCGAUCUUCCCAAAAGACUUCCAAUCAUACAGGUGCCGUUAAUGUUGAUUCAGGUGCUAAUGGUAGAAACCCAAGUGAAGUGGAAUUGGUCAAUGUAACCUCCACGAGUCCCAGAAGAAGAAUUGUAAGGCGUAAAUCCCAAACCACAGCAGCUGAACGAAAAAAUAAUAAUGAUGAAGUUCACUUGGCUUCAUCAAUGAAUGAAAAUGAAAGAACUAAUGAUGUAUCUCUGAGCUCAUUUGAAGUUAAUGGAGUUGAAGAUGACCAACAAGACAUUGUAUCUUUGUCACUUGAUGCAGAAAACUCUCUCGAUAACAAUAUACCAGUGCCGAGAACAGUUUCACAGCCCUUGGAUGAGAACUUCCCAGAAAGAACAGUAAGGAACAAUGCAAGUGAACAUUCAGAGGAAACACCAAGGCUAGAUAAUAGGAGACCAUUGUCUCGAUCACAACCAUUGAAUCAGACCCUACCAGAAGGUUACCAUACACUGGGAACUGCCAGACAAACUUCAAAUGAAGAGUCAGAGAACAAUCUAAGAAGACAAACUGAACUACCCUCUGAAAUGCUUCCUAGACCCCUGUCUCAAUUGGAGACUGGCAGACCGACUUUUCAACCAGCAACAGCUAUAGCAACAGAUUUUCAUGAAAGUUCUCAGGUCACAUCGGGUCAAGACAGGCAACCAAACAGUGUCAGAAGAAGCCUUGAAAGAUUAGGAACUGGAUCAGAAAGAAGAAUUACGGGUGAAAGAUCAAGGCUUGCCCGCCAAAGUGCAUCAGGUUUAUCAUCGCGAGGUAGACCAAGGGAAAUGAUUGAUGUCAAUUCAGCAGUAUCAGAAUUGACCGCAACUGUUCCUCAAUCUCCAAGAACACAACCUGGAAGAGUUGGUAGAAACUCACAAACUGAUGUAAUUUCAUCCAGGUUAGAGGCGAGUACUGCAUCAACUGAAGAAGAUGUAUGGGUUCCUCGACUAAGACCAGAUAGUGGAGAUUUAACACCUCCCCUUCAUGAUCAGAACCCAAACUCUUCACCCCAAUUGCCAUUUUCGUCAGAAGCAUCAAGUGUCCAUCACGGACGAAGUGAGUCCCCUAAUGUGGUGUUCAGAGACAAUCCUGUGACAGGGUUAUUACAUAGAAGACAUUCCAGGUUGUCAUCAUCUGACAACGAAACAUAUCCCUCAGUGAGAAACACUGCUAGAAAUGCCCCAACUAUUCCGAGCAGAAGUGGUCUCUACAGAGCCCUGUCACUUAAUGAUGACACUGCAACUGCAAGUGAGUCAAAUGCAUCUGAAAUAACAACAACUAUUAUUCCAUCACAAAAUCAGAGAGGUACUAGGACAAGUAGCAGAAUUGGAAACAUUGACAAUGAUGAUGUUGCGAGCUGGAGACAAAUUGAAAGGGAGCACUCCUACCCAUCAAGGGAACCCAGACAACGCCUGAUCUAUCAGGAUCGCAAUAGGGGUCGUGAGACAAUCCUUAACCGCAAUACGUCAGGACAUAGAAUUGUCCCGCCCAGUAUAGAUUCAUUUCCAGACAUCAAUGAUGAGCAGGAAUUUCCUCCGCUUGGUAACCCUUCUCCUGCCGGUGCAUUUAGAAAUGGCAGUGGCCAGGUUCAGACAUCGCAAGGUAGUGGUUCGGAGUUUGGUUUUACGGCAAGGAACAGAAGAAGUGAGACACCUCCACCAACACCAACACCUGGCAGGGAUCCUCCCGAAGAAAGAUUGACAGGAGAUGACCCUAUGCCCAUGGUAGACCACCUUGUCUUGUUAGCAUCCCCAAUCUUUGGUCCUCUUAUGCUCCAAGCCUCUCCCGCAGUUCUUUUCAACAUGCUAUCUCGUGCCAGAAGAGACUUUGGGGGAGAAUUUGUUGAAUUGCUGAUUGAGAAUGUAGUGUUGAGCCUCCUUGCCCAGCACACAUUUGAUGCUGCCAACCAAACUCAGAACAACAAUGGAGCGCCCCCUCCAGCCUCACAGGAGACAAUUGAAUCCUUGGAAAAGGUCACUGUUACCAAGCAGAUGGUCUCUGAUGAUGCAUUCUGUUCUAUCUGCCAUUGCGAGUAUAUGAUGGAUGAAGUUCUUGACCAGCUUCCAUGUAAACACAACUUUCACAACCAGUGCAUCACAGUCUGGCUUAAGAAGUCUGGAACAUGCCCAGUGUGUCGUCACAAGCUUUAUACAGACAGUGUGGACUAGCAGUCAUUGUACUAUUAACCAUCCAAACCCACGAUUAGGAUUGCUUUUAAAGUACACCGGCCUCUCUGCAUGAACACUGCAUGGUUGAAGACAAACAUUAUUAUCGUUCUUGUGGAAGGCAGAUUUAUUCAAGUGUACCUGUAAAUGUAAUGUGAAAAGACAUCAUUCUUAAUUGUGGCUCAAAAAUGCAUUUCUCUAUUUUUCAUACUGGCAAUGGCCAUCAUUGGGGACCUAACAGGGUUUUUUCUAUUCUUAGGAAGGUGGUUAGAUAAUCAUGGAUGUUAAUUGUAUAAUCCAUUUUGUAUUACACACUGGAGAAGUCAAAUGUAAAUUGAAGUCGGGAUUCAAAAUCUUAGUUUAGAUAUAAUGAAAAUCAGGUUUACGAAUGCACAUUGCUUGUCAAUGGAAACUGUUGGUGAAAAUGUCUUCCACGUACAGCCCAUCACCAUUAAUGUGCCAUAAGUUGAUUGUGUGAAUGACAAUUACUUUCAACAAAAAUGUUCUUUUGAAACAAGGAAAGUAUCAUGUACUGAAAAUAAUUUUAGCAUAUCAAGUUGUUUAUAGAUCUUUGCCCUCCAAAUAGCACUCAUUUUGUCUGUCCGACUUGAUGAAAUUCAGAUCAGGAAUAUCUGUCCAUCAUAUCAGAAUAAAAUUUUUCCACCUACACCAUGAACCAAGUAUUUAUUAAUGCUUUUACCAUAUUAAUAACUUUGUCAUCUUUAUACUUGUUAAAUGAUAUAUUUUGUAAAGCUUAAGAUUCUCUUUUAUUUGAUUUAAAAAAAAGAAUGUGAAUACUUCUUGCAUGAGAAGUAAAAAUGAUUUGAAGAGAAAGAUACCAAAAGUUGGUUUAGCAGGCAGUUUCCAUUUUAUAGGAACAGGGUUCCCACAGUCAUGGAAAAUCCUGGAAAAUCUUGUGGUCAUGGAAGUCAGGGAAUUUGGAAAAUGUGUGAAAAGUCAUGGAAUUGCAUU